GUGUCCAUCGGGGAUUAUUCUCUUUUCUUGCGUGCUUAUGAUGCGUCCCCCCGGACUUCCCCAUCACAGCCAGUAGUCAUCAUCGAAGCUGGCCUCGGAGGGACCAGCGCGGAAUGGGUGGCUGCAGCUCGUCUUAUAUCUCAGUACGCUCCCGUAUACACUUACGAUCGUGCUGGGUAUGGAAAGAGCAAGGCGAAGGAUUCAGCUCCUCUACCCGCAUCUGCGCAGCCGUUGACGGCUACUAAGAGAUGUGAAGAUCUGACGAAGUUGUUGGAUGUUGGUGGUAUUGCUCCUCCCUGGAUUCUGGUUGGUCACAGUUAUGGCGGGGUCCUGGUCAGGGAAUUCUUGGCUAUGCAUGGAAAGGAAAAGGUAGUAGGUCUGGUAAUUAUCGACAGUGCAAUUGAGCGGACGAAGUUACCUGAUAGUUGGCCAGCAUUGCUAGGUGAUGCAUCGUAUAUGGAGGUUGUUGGUCUGGAAAAGAAUCGAGUUCUGACCGAUGAAGAAUGGGCAACGUUGAAGGCCAAUGAUCAGGGCAACGAGCAAUCCGUGGAGUUAGAAGAAGCGGGUAUGAAGGAGAGCACAGACAAGGUGAACAAGAAAGUCAAAGGGAAACAGUUGUUGGGUGAUGGGAGACUGAGUGUUAUUUUCGCGAACGAGUCCGUGGACUUAAGCAAAGUCUACGAGUGGGGCAUCAAGAACGGAAGUGGAACUCCAGAGGCGCGAGAAGCUUUGAGGAAGAGAUUAGAAGAUAUGGCGGAGGUGGAUGAGCAAGGACAAAGAGCUCAUCUGAGCCUAUCAAGUCAAAGUCGCUUUGUAUAUGCGGAAGGAGAAGCAAGGACGCACAACUUGCAGAUUGUCAAGCCUCAACUGAUCGCCGAUGAAGCAAGAUGG